GGGCGGGGGGAGACAGCGCAGAGUGAGAGGGGGAGAGAGAAGCGAGUUCCCUUAAAGAUCGCGUCCCCGCGUCUCCGGCCCGUGAACUCUUCCGUGCCGCAGCAGCCCCCCUCGCGAAGACGACAUGGCCGACCAGCUGACGGAAGAACAAAUUGCCGAGUUCAAGGAGGCGUUCUCGCUCUUUGACAAGGACGGCGACGGCACCAUCACCACCAAGGAGCUGGGCACCGUCAUGAGGUCACUGGGCCAGAACCCCACGGAGGCCGAGCUGCAGGACAUGAUCAACGAGGUGGACGCCGACGGCAACGGAACGAUCGACUUCCCAGAGUUCCUCACCAUGAUGGCGCGCAAGAUGAAGGACACGGACAGCGAGGAGGAGAUCCGAGAGGCGUUCCGCGUCUUCGACAAGGACGGGAACGGCUACAUCAGCGCGGCGGAGCUGCGUCACGUGAUGACCAACCUCGGGGAGAAGCUGACCGACGAGGAGGUGGACGAGAUGAUCCGAGAGGCCGACAUUGACGGGGAUGGCCAGGUCAACUACGAGGAGUUCAUCACGAUGAUGAUGACCAAGUGAGCAGCGUCGAGUCCAACCGCACAGCGUCAACCACACCGCAACAGCCAUCACCCGCACCUCGCUAUCCAGCGUACCACCUACCGCACCAUCGACCACGACCACAUACCACACACACAUACCACACACACACACAUACCACACACACAUACCACACACACAUACCACAUCGCCUACCCGACACGCACCGCACCAAUGCGCACGUCUGUUUAUCUCGUGCAAAGCUACACACUUCAUAACACACGCCUAAUAAUAAAUACAUCCAUGCACACACAUUGACAACAGCGGUUACGCACGCACACGCACGCGCGCGCGAAUGUUACUGAGCAAUAACAACCCUGAUCCUAGGGGUGCCCGGUGUGGCACAGGGUUGUGUGGAGAGUGGGGUGGGUGGGGGGGUGGGAGGGUGCUGAGGUGCACAAUGGCCGUGUCAGAGAUGCAGCGCCGACGCCGCUGGGAACCUGAGUUCGGAUCCGCGGGUUUCCGUCGUGCGGUCCCUUCGCCGACCGCGCGCACACAAACAAACAAACAACAACAACAGUGACAAUAUUAAUUCGUGGGUCUCGCCGAAAUGUGGCUAAAUUCCAGCUCUCCGAAACGAAAAUAAAAUAUCGGUUUGAUUUUGC